UUGGCGACGACGACGAGAGCUAAAGAGAACUUUUUCAUAAUUCUCUCGCCGAUUCAAAUCGAACACUAUAAUACAAUCUGAACUUGGGCGAAAAUUCGUGUUAUGUACCGCAUUCACAGACCGCUAGGGUUUUUGGAUAGUAAAUGCAAUCUGAAUAUCAGUUGGCAACUUCUUGUUAAAUCAAAAUGGCUUUCCGGAAGAUACAGGCGGAGGUCGAUCUACUUCUGAAGAAAGUUCAAGAACACGCAGAUGCUUUCGAUAAUAUCAUGAACAAGUUACAAGACGCUGACAGUACGAAUCAGAAGGAGAGGUUUGAGAACGAUUUAAAGAAGGUGAUCAAGAAGCUUCAGAGGUGUAGAGAACAGAUUAAGACUCGGAUUCAGUCCAAUGAGGUCAAGGAUAAGAAGAUUAGUGACUUUUAUUUGCAGGGUUUGCUGGAUUCUCGCAAGGUCAUUGAAAAUCUAAUGGAUACGUAUAAAAUAUUUGAAAAGGAAUCUAAGACAAAAGCAUUCUCAAUAGAAGGCUUAGGCCAACAACCAAAAACGGAUCCCAAGGAAAAGGCCAAAUUGGAAACAAGAGAGUGGCUGAACAAUGGGGUUAAUGAUCUAGAAUCACAGAUUGAUAGUUUUGAAGCUGAGAUGGAAGGCCUACCUGUUAAGAAGGGAAAGAAAAGGCCACCAAGAUUGACACAUUUGGAGAAAUCUAUUGUCCGGCACAAGGCUCAUAUAGUGAAGUUAGAAUUGAUACUGAGGCUUUUGGAUAAUGAUCAAUUAAGUCCUGAGCAGGUCAAUGAAGUGAAGGACUUGUUGGACGACUAUGUUGAACGCAAUCAGGACAAUUUUGACGAAUUUAGUGAGGUUGAUGAACUUUAUAGCUCUCUAGAAUUGGACAAACUGGAGGCCAUUGAAGAUCUCGUCACAACUGUCCCUCCAUUUUUUCCAAAGGUUGGUGGUGCCUCAGGAAAGAAAACUUCUUACACAAAAGUGCCUUGCCAAUCGAGGGCUGGUGGUGCCUCAGGGAAGAAACCUUCUUACUUAACAGUGCCUUGGAAAUCGCCGGUUGGUGGUGCCUCAAGGACAACAGUGCCUUGGCAAUCGAAGGUUGGUGGUGCCUCAGGGACGACGGUGCCUUGGAAAUCGUCGGUUGGUGGUGCCUCAGGGACAACAGUGCCUUGGCAAUCGAAGGUUGGUGGUGCCUCAGGGACGACGGUGCCUUGGAAAUCGUCGGUUGGUGGUGCCUCAGGGACAACAGUGCCUUGGCAAUCGAAGGUCGGUGGUGCCUCAGGGACGAAUACUUCUUUGACUACAGUGCCUUGGCAAUCGACGGUUGGUGGUGCCUCAGGGACGAAUACUUCUUUGACAACUGUGCCAUGGCAAUCGACGGUUGGUGGUGUGUCAGGCACGGAAACUUCUUUGAUAACUGGUCCUGUGCAAUUGACGGUUGGCGGUACCUCAGGGACAGAAACUUCUUUGACAAUAAUGCCUGUGGAAUUGUCGGUUGGUGGUGCCUCAGGCACGGAAACUUCUUUUACAACUGGUCCUGUGCAAUCGACGGUUGGUGAUGCGUCAGGCACGGAAACUUCUCUUACAACUGGUCCUGUGCAAUCGACGGUUGGUGGUGCCUCAGGCGCGGAAAUUUCUCUUACAACUGGUUCUGUGCAAUCAACGGUUACUGUAUCCUCCAUUCAAAAGUCCUCUUCUGUUCAGGAGCAAGCUGAGGAAACAGUUGUGAGAACUCCACCACCUAAAAUUUCUUCAAACAUUUCAUCUGCUCCAGUAACUCCUUCUGCAAGCAACACAUCUCCUGGUAAUACUGUGCAAUCUUCUCCCAUCAAUAUCCCUAUUUCUACACAGAAACAAGUUAAUUUUGAAUGUCCUGUUCAUAAACCAUUUCCAUCCCCUUCUGAUACUUCGGUAUGGGGCAUGGCUAAAAGUGAGCUUUCCAGCAGCCCAUCUACUUCUUCGAGUACUUCAGAAAUUACCAAGGAAAAUGUGUUGGGAGCUGAUGAGAGAGUUGGGAGCAGUGGAAUGGUGCAAGUUCUGGAAACUCCAUCUUCUAACAGAAUUUCAUCAGCUGAUAUUGGCAAUGGAGCUGGUACAGCUGGAAGAGCAUUCUCGCCCCCAGCCAUUCCUUUCCAGAAUCAGAAUGAUGGACAAUUCCAUGGAAGAACUGAAAUUGCUCCUGAUCAAAAGGAGAAGUUCCAGCAGGUGCAGCAGCAAGGUGUGGCUUCAUUUGCUGGAGGGAAUCAUAAUCAGUUCUCAGCCCAGCAGUCAAUUCCACUCUCAAAUCAGCUUCCAACUUCUGUUCAUUCUCAGUUUGCCCAACAGGCCUCGUUAUCAGCGGGACUAAUUGAUACUGAUGUUGGCCUUAAUAAAGUUGAAGAGACACAACAAUCCCUAUCUGUUCCAAGCUCUGUGCCUAGAAGGAACCCCAUGAAUGAUGAUGAUGAUGAUGAUCUGAGGGCUACAAUUGCUCGGCUGCCAAGGGAUAUCGAUCUUUUAGGUGUAGAUGAUAUUGGGGAUGACUUAGAAGGCUCAACUGCCAAUUCUGUUAUUAUUCAUGACACGUGCUAUAGUUUGCAGAUGCUUGAGGCUGCUUACCAUAAAAUUCCUCAACCAAAGGACUCUGAACGUGAAAAAGUCUAUGUGCCAAAAAAUCCUGUAGUUACCCCUUCAAGCUAUCCUCAGGUGAAGGCGCCCAUCCUCGAAACUCGUGGAAUUUGGGACAAAUUAUCGUCAGAAAACCUGUUCUUUGUAUUUUACUUUCAAGAGAAUAGUUAUCAGCAACUCUGUGCUGCCAUUGAACUAAAGAAACGGUCAUGGAGAUACCAUAUGCAAUAUAACGUAUGGUUUCAGCGCCUCGAAGAGCCAACUGAGAGAACACCGGAGUUUGAAUGUGGGUCUUACUAUUUCUUUGAUUACCGUAUGCCUGACUAUAAUUUGAAGUCUGGAUGGUGCUUCAAAUUGUGGUCUGAUUUUACUUUUGAGUAUAUCUAUCUGGAGGAAGAACUUGAUCAUAUGCAGGAGUUGUGAGAGUUUUUACUUUUACUUCUGUGUUUUUUUGAUAGAUUAGAUAUGAAGCUCAUUUUAAACCAAUACUGGUUA